GUGAUGGACUUGGGAGGUCCUGUUUUCCUCAUCAGUUCUGACGUCGCAACAAAAUUUAUUGUGAGUCAGUCGCGUUGAGCAGUGUUUCUGUACAUUUUGGGAGAUCAAAACCUUACUGGCAUCAUGCUUGCUACAGUGAGCAAACAGCUUAGACACCACCCUGCACUUAUUCCCCUGUUCAUUUUCAUCGGUGGUGGCUGCGUCAUGUCGUUGGGCUACUUGGCAAGACUUGGCUUGAGGAACCCUGAAGUUUGCAUUGACAGGAAAAACAACCCUGAGCCCUGGAACAGACUGGCUCCCACGUACCAGUACAAGUUUUACAAAGUCAACAUGGACUACUCCAAGCUGAAGAAGGAGGGCCCUGACUUCUAACUUCCUAGAGAUGAGCUGCUAACAAUGCUGGACCAAAGGCUGAGAAAAAUCAACUAAGUUUCCCCCUCCAGCCCUGGUAACAAACCCCCCACCCGCCCCCCUGACUAUGCAGAGAAGCUGUACCGCACAAGACUUUGUCUAGUCAUCUUUUUAGAAGUUUUUCUCCCCUCUUAAACUUUGUGAACCCUGUGUUUUUUUCUCAUUCUACAUGGUUCUUCUCAUUCUUCAUUGUCCACAGCAAUAAAAUGGAGAAUUAUCUCCCUUGUUCGGA